AUGCGAAGCUCGAGCUCCGAAGAAGGGAAAGCGAAAACAUCGAAAAAAUCCUCCUUCAGCCGUACCCACUCAAGACGGGAGGAUUCUUGUGUCAAGGAAAAUUUGCACACCAUUUUGGAAGAAACAGAAACUGAUGUAGAGUCGCAACGGACGAGACGGAAUUGUCUGCAACGGGGUACAACUAGGGGCAAGGACUGCGGAGCGGCAUCUACUUCCACCUCUAGCCACAAACACAACGCCAGGGCUCUAAUACUGCAGCAGUAUCCUCAAGCUGCAGGAGGACCUCCUGAUGUCAGAAGCGACCCCGACAAUUUUCUCUACAGCAAGCACCUGCUCCUGGCCUACCGGGCGGAGAUGUUAUUGGGUAGGCGCUUCACCCCGCGAGGAAUCACGCAGAGGAUGCGACUGAAAGGACCACAUGGUGGUAGUGGUAGUCCUACAACUUCUGGUACAUCAAAUGAUUAUCCUGGCCAGACAAGUAGGUGCGUAAGAGCUAGGGGAGAGGGCAUUUAUUUCAACCCGGAUGCAGCGGCGCAAAAUGUAAAAACGAGCUUCCAUGAUUCCAGAAAGGGCGGCGAAAAGAGAUCUGAGGGUUACAUUACCAACGACGAUCUGCUUUCUUCCGAU